CAUGUUUCGAAACAACGUGGUACCAAUUUAAUUGCAACUUCACACAUCAAAAUCAGCUGUGAAUAUCAGUAUGGCCGCUCAAAUAUCUACAAAAUAAAAUUGUUAUUGCUAUAUUCAUUUCACAAACAUAGUAAAGUGCAGUUUUAGUGCCCACACGCGUUAAAUAUUUUGAUUAAUCUUUUACAACCGUAUCGAUGUUGAUGUUGACUAAAAGUGUUGCGUCAUGACAGAAUAGACCUCUCUCUCACUGACAAACAAAUACAAUUUUGCUAACUAGAGAUUACGGCUAAAAGUGGUAGCAUUUCUAUUUCGCUCGUAUAACGUAUAUGUCGAGUGCAUCGCUGAUGUGAUUAAGUGAAUUUGAAUAGUAAUAAAUCUGAUAAUGAGUAGUGUUCGGUUAAGCUUCGUGUCUGUGGGGAGAAUCGCUGUAAGGAGAAAUUCACAGUUGACAUCAGGUGGCGCUCAAACAUGUCGUGCCCUGCGGCGCACAAGCACCCGCCCGCUUAGCACGUGCGCCGUGCUCUGUAAGAGUCCAACUGAACAACCGCCCGGCCCGCCGCAUACCGCUAAAGACGCCGCAAGCAACGGUUCAUCAUCAGGCGGUAAGAAGUCGGGGGGUAAUGGCGUGCUUACAUGUCCGAAGUGCGGAGACCCUUGCACUCACGUGGAGACGUUCGUCAGUUCCACCAGAUUCGUCAAGUGCGAUAAAUGUCACCAUUUCUUCGUCGUACUUAGCGAGGUCGAUACUAAGAAGAGCAUCAAGGACAAUGCCGAGAAUAAAUCUGGAUUUUACAGAAAACCACCACCGCCACCCAAGAAGAUCUUCGAAUACCUCAACAAACACGUAGUCGGACAGGAGUAUGCCAAGAAAGUUCUAUCAGUUGCCGUCUACAAUCACUACAAGCGCAUUUACAACAAUGUCACGAAUGGUACGACAACUGACGCCCACCACCCCCUACAUCACACACACAGAGAUCUACUACACUUGAGUCACACCAGCGGGGCUACCGGAGGAGGGGGAGCCGGCGGAGGCACAGAGGUGCUGGAGAGAAAUAACCACGAAUUGAGAUUGGAUAAAAGCAAUGUACUUUUGCUAGGACCAACUGGAAGCGGUAAAACAUUGCUCGCGCAAACUAUAGCGCAAUGUCUUGACGUACCCUUCGCGAUCUGCGAUUGCACGACACUGACGCAGGCUGGCUACGUAGGUGAAGAUAUCGAAAGCGUCAUCGCGAAACUGUUGCAAGACGCUAACUUCAAUGUCGAACGUGCUCAAACGGGCAUCGUGUUUCUUGACGAAGUGGAUAAAAUCGGUGCCGUACCCGGCAUACAUCAACUCAGAGACGUGGGAGGCGAGGGCGUCCAGCAGGGAAUGCUGAAGAUGCUCGAGGGCGCCGUGGUGUCGGUGCCCGAGCGGAACUCGCGCAAGCUGCGCGGCGACGCGGUGCAGGUGGACACCACCAACAUCCUGUUCGUGGCCAGCGGCGCCUACAACGGGCUGGACCGGCUCAUCCAGCGCCGCAACAACGAGAAGUACCUCGGGUUCGGCGCGUGGGACCCCAAGUCGGGGCGGCGCGCGGCGCUGGCGGCGGCCGCGGCCGACGCGUCGCCGCUCGACAGCGCGCGCGCCGAGGCCGACGAGCGCGACCACUGGCUGCGCGCCGUGCAGGCGCGCGACCUCAUCGACUUCGGCAUGAUCCCCGAAUUCGUCGGCAGGUUCCCGGUGCUGGUGCCCUUCCACAGUCUCAACCAGGACCUGCUCGUGAGGAUACUCACAGAACCCAAGAAUGCUAUUGUGGCGCAGUACAAGCUGCUGUUCGCGAUGGACAAGUGCGAGCUUUCGUUUAGUGAUGAAGCGCUGCAAGCCGUCGCCUCGCUCGCGAUGGAGCGCAAGACCGGAGCGAGAGGACUCAGAGCCAUCAUGGAAAACCUGCUCCUGGAGGUGAUGUUCGAGAUCCCCGGCUCCGACAUCACGUGCGUGCACAUACACGAGGGCUGCGUGUCCCGCAGCGAGCCGCCGCAGCUGCGGAGGCGGCACGCGCAGCGGGAGCGCGACCUGCACCACUGGCCCUCGGAAGAAUGCAUUAAAGCUGCGAUGUGGCCACGAUCAAAGAAUGGAUGUACUAUUUAAAUUUGCGUUAGUGUUAUUACGAACAGCGUUUCAACUAGCAGGAACUAAAAGCGACGGAACCCGAGCCGUCUGUCACUCAGUGUGCGCUGUGAGGACGAGUAUGGUGGUCAUGACGACAGACUACGAAUAGAAACUGCAUAGACAAACAAUAAUCUAUAGACAAUUGAAUUUUCCAUAGAUAAAAAAAAUAAAAAAAAAAUCAAGAACAUAACAAAAAAAAAGAUUAAUGAUAACUAAUUAUCCAGUUUUUUGAUUUGUUUAACAUUUCUAACUGUAUUUGAUGAAAAUAUUUAUAACAUUAUCCACACGAAGGCUAGUUUCAGCAUUUAAAAUCAGUAAUUUUAUAAUUGAAGUUUACAUUUGAGUUGAUGAAGAUAUUCUUGAUUUGUUUUAGCACCAAAUUAGUUUAGAAAUUGAAGAUAAUUGUUUCAAAAUUAAAAUCCGAAAAAAUUAAAAAAAUUCGUUACUAUAAUAACUAUUUUAACGACUAAAAUGUUUUAAUUUGAAAAUUACAAAGAUUGAAUAUUAUACUUGUUUUAAAACACAAGUUUGCUCUAAUUCUAAUACUUUAUGUUUUAUAAAAAUGAUCUUUAUUUAUAGUUCCUUUAGGGCUAAAUUUCGAGUUUUGUGUAAAAAUACAAAAAGUAAAUUUAAUAAGGAAACAUGUUGUAUUGUCAGCCACCGUACAACAUUGCUCUUGUGAUGUAAAUUACUGUAAAUAAUAAUUAAUAGAAAAAUCUAGAUAAAAUAGUUAAGGUUCCAUAGAUUAGAUUUUUUUUUUCUAUGCCCAUAUAAGUUAAGUACCGAAAUAUAUAGUAAUAAUACUGUUUGGAAACACUGUGAGAGAAAUUAUAUUUUGACAAUUGUUUUUUUUUUUAAUUUUAUUUUAAUUAUUUUCUAUUUAAAUAUUGUUAAGUUGUGACGUGAUUAUGAAAAAAAAGAGAAAUUUCAGAAAUUUCAAGUUACGAUACAUGGUGCGUAAAUUAUUUAAAAAGUAAUCACAUUGCAGCUACAAUUAAAAUAGUCUAAGCCUAUUUUCGAGAUAAAAUAUAAAGAAAGAACGGAA